UACCAGAAUGUCGAAGUAAAGGUGGUUGCAACGAAAGAGUCGCUUGCGUUCUACGACCGUACGGACGUGGUCAAGACAGGAGGACGAGUGAUUUGUGAGUACACAAAGUUUCAAGAUGAAUUUCUGCAUAUCAACGGAUCACACAAGAAAGGAGAACCAACCCUGCAUAUCGAGUUGAUGAGAUCGGCUGACAUAGUCCUUGUCACUCCCUGCCCGGAAAAUACGCUCUCAAAAAUCGCACAUGGACUCUGCGAUAACCUUUCAACCUCUCUGCUUCGUGCAUUGGCACCUACGACACCGACUUACAUAUCCACAGCAAUGAACACGCUCAUAUACGAACAUCCGCUUACAGCAGAGCAUGUGCGCAUUGUCCGGGAUGUUGUGCGGUAUCAAAUUGUUGGGCCAUUGCAAAGGAUAUCGUCAUGUGGGGACGUCGGACUGGGUGCCAUGACAGAAUGGUGA